ACGACGAGUUCGACGUCACUUUGGCCCAACCCACUGCCGGAAGACUUCUCUUCAUUUUCACCAGAGAUCAACAACGCAUUUAGCUAGCUAUGUAACUUCAUUCACCAUGCCAGAAGUGCACUUUGAUUAGCCAGCAGAGAGACGACUACUCCAUCACUCGACUGUCCAUUCACUUCAGGACUGGCAAAAGAAAUCUACCCUGCAAGCUAGCUAACCACAGUAUACGUCCCGGGACUCAAGUGAGAGGAGCAACAUGCCCAAGGACUCCGACAAACCUGGGGGUGGAGAGGACAGAACUGACUCCUCUGAACAGUCCCAUAGUAAGAGAGUCUGGAGAGGCACACCUAGUCCUCACAGAGGGAACACCCCACAAUCCAGCCCACCAAGAUUUGUGUCAGCGGAGGAGCUCAUGGAGACGGCGAAAGGUGUGACCAACAUGGCCCUGGCCCAUGAGAUCGUAGUGAAUACUGACUUCCAGGUGAAGCCCUCAGAGCCAGCAGAAGGAAGUUUGGAAAAAAGGGUGAAGGAUAUUAUGCAUAAAGCAUUCUGGGACGUUCUAGAGGCACAACUGAGUGAGAACCCGCCAUCAUAUAAUCACGCCAUCAAACUUCUUGCUGAGAUCAAAGAGACUCUGCUGUCCUUUCUGCUUCCGGGUCACGGUCGGUUGAGGGGGCGAAUUGAGGAGGUGCUAGACCUCUCUCUGAUCCAGCAGCAGGCAGAGAACGGAGCUCUGGACAUCAGUAAGCUGGUUGAGUUUGUCAUUGGUAUGAUGGGUUCACUCUGCGCUCCGAGCCGGGACGAGGACAUCAGGAAGCUUCGGGAAAUCACAGAUCUUGUGCCUCUAUUAAAGGCGAUAUUUCCAGUGAUGGAUAAAAUGAAACUUGAUAUGGCCAAUUUUGCAGUCAGCAGUAUUCGACCCCACCUCCUGCAGCAAUCCGUUGAGUACGAACGGAAGAAAUUCCAGGAGUUUGUUGAAAAACAACCCAAUGCCUUAGACUUUACUGAGAAGUGGCUUCAAGACUCUGCUAAGUCUGUACUUCAUGAAGAUCAAGCGGGUGGCGCGGGUGGUUUACCCACUCCUCUCGCUGUGCACAACCAUGCUUACCUGUGUCUGCUUAAAUGGAACCACGCCUCUGAUCCUUUCCCUGAGACUCUUCUCAUGGACCAGGUGCGUUUCCAGGAAAUGCAGCAGGACUUGGAGCAGCUGGUUCUGGUGGCGUCUGUGCUGCUCAUAGUGUACAACACCACGGGAGAGGCCAUCUCAGGCCUGCCAGGCCUUAUGGACAGACUGAAGAGGACCAUCGGGGUUCUGCUCACAGAGAUGCACAUGCCGUCUUUCAUUGCAGAUGAAGCCUUGGCUACCAUUGGAGAGAGGAUGUGUGUGGAGCUAAUUGGACGUCUGUCUGAACAUGGAUUCUCCCCGUUCUCCACAAACCGGCAGAGCAUUCUGAAAGGCCAAAUCUCGGCUGUUACUCUCCCAGACAACGCCAUCCGCAGGCUUAUAGGCUCCCGCAUCCAGACUUACUUACUUGCCUUCCUGGAGUCCAGUCACAGGAGUGCUCCAACCCUGCCAGGGGGCCUAGCUCCAGUCAGCAAAGAGCUGGAAGAGAUUGCCAUGAAGUUUGGCCGUCUGGUCCACUUCAACAAGUUGGUUUAUUCCCCUUUCUACCAAAAGAUCCUUCAGGAGAUUGUGCAAGAAGGAGAAAGUAAUGACACCUAGGCUUUAACACUGAACUCUUAAUUAAAAUGGGAUCACUGUAGGUUAUCCAUGCUUUCCAUUGUAUGGCUAAAGAUAAUGUAAUAAUGACAGUAUUGUACAAUGCCAGUAUUAAUUGAUAUCAAAAUACUUAUACAACAAGCGCUGUUGCAUUCACAUGUUACUUAUUUGAUGAUGGUGUGUCUGUUUCUGGAUUGGUACAACAAACACGGGUAAAAAAAAAAGGCAUAAUACAAAAUUGCAUGUUUUCUUUUACUUGCAUUAAAUAAGGAGUUCUGUGAUAGCAUCUGGAAACUAUUUGGUAACUGGCUACUCAUGAAUUGAAUUGCUUAAAAACAUAUACAACAAGAUGUAGAAUUUAUUCCCAGAAGAUAACACUAAAAAGUAUUCCUUUAAUACACGUUUCCAAAGUGGUCCUUGAUGGUAAAGGUGAGAACAUAAGAGGACCUUUUGUGUAGAGGCCCUCCUUGUUGGAUAUUUAUUUCCACUGUAAACUGCGAUGUAUACUGUAAAGCACACAUCGCUACCUAGGUUUCCAUCCAAUUGGUGACAGAGUUUCAUGCAAAUAUUCUAAAAUCUGCAUAAAACAAUAUGAGCAUUUUCCCACCAGCCAUGUGUUCCCAUCAGAUUGACAGAUAAAAGGCCGUGCAACUAAAAAUAGCUUUUGCGGUUAAAUUCCCAUGUACUGAAUACAUUUUUUUUAGUUAGUUGGGUUUCCAGCGCAUUUUCAACUCUACAGAUAGUUUUCACAAAGAAAGUGUUGGAUUAUAUAGUGAGUGCCCACUCUGGUAUUGGCAUUGCUGUUGGCUAGAGCGCAUGUAUAGUUUACAUGAGAUUAUUAGGACAAAAGAGCGAGAUUAUUUGAUAUAUGUCAAACAGCAGCCAAGCAUCGAUGAUCAUGUCACCAGAAUGAGACCCUCAAUAUUUAUUGGAAAGGAGCAUCAAGCACAUCACCUUGCACUUUCACCACCCUGUGAAGUUCAUUAUAAUUUAUUUAAUCUGUAGCCUAAUAAACUGCAUGCUUUCCCUACGAGUCGUAGUGGGAGGACCACAACAUGUCAUCGUUUGACUCCAAGUUUACUUCGAUGUGAUGGUUAUUAUAUCAAUAUUUGCGCAUAAAAGUGUUUCCAUUGAUAUCUCUCCCAUAAUUCAUUGUACCAACACAAAUCCCACCUUGUCUAGCGUAUUUAGUUUUGUCAACAUUUGGAAAGUUCACUGGAAAAUUGUCUGUUUCCAGAAGACCUGUCAUAACAUUUUUGUUAUCUGACAUGUACUUUGCAUAAAAAGUUUGGAUCGGAACCUGGUUAUUGACGGUGAUCAUGAUUGGUGCCUUGCAUACCUUCAUGUGACCAGCUGUAGAUUCAUAAUUGGUAAUUGUUUAAACAUGUUACAAAAAACAUAUGAAAGGACAAAAGGUAAUACUGAACCAUACAAUUAAUCAAAUGUAUUUAUAAAGCCCUUUUUACAUCAGCAGAUGUCAAAGUGCUAUACAGAAACCCAGCCUAAAACACCAAACCGCAAGCAAUGCAAAUGUAGAAGCACGCUGGCAGGAACCUAGGAAGAAACCUAGAGGAACCAGGCUCAAACGGGUGACCAGUCCUCUUCUGGCUGUGCCAGGUGGAGAUUAUAAGAGUACAUAGCUAUUAAGGCCAGAUUGGUCUUCAGUAUGUUGAAAUGUUCAUAGAUGACCAGCUGUGUCAAAUAAUAAUCACAGUGGUUGUAGAGAGGUUGCAACAGUUCAGUACCUCAGGAGUAAAUGUCAGUUGGCUUGUCAUAGCCAAGCAUUCAGCAGUGGUGUUAAGUACUUAGGUUUUUUGGGGGUAUCUCUACUAUACUAUUUAUAUUUUUGACAACGUUUACUUCACUACAUUCCUAAAGAAAAUAAUGUAAUGUACUUUUUUCUCCAUAUAUUUUCCCUGACACCCAAAAGUACUCAUUACAUUUUGACAGGAAAAUGAUCCAAUUUACGCAAGAGAAGAUCCCUGCUCAUCCCUACUGCGUCCGAUCUGGCGGUCUCACUAAAUACAUGCUUCAUUUGUAAAUUAUGUCAGUGUCGGAGUGUGCCCAAGGCUAUCUGUCUGCUUUGCUUACUAUAAGGAAUUUGAAAUUAUUCAUAGUUUUACUUUUGAUACUUAAGUAUAUUUAAAACCAAUAACUUUAGACUUUUACUCAAUUAUUAUUUUAAUGGGUGACUUUCACUUUUACUUGAGUCAUUUUAUAUUAAGGUACCUUUAAUUUUACUCAAGCAUGACGUUUGAAUACUUUUUCCACCACUGGCAUUGAGGUUGAGACAGCAGAUAUGGUCGAGAUAUGGAGAGCGAGAGAGUCUAAAACACCAUGUUUUUACAAGCUCUGUUUGCUUUUUGGCAAACCAGGUUUCCAUCCAACCUUUUUACGUGAGUAAAGUACAUGUUGGAUAAAAAAAUGUAAUGACAGGCCUGAUGGAAACAGCAGAUUUGUCUGUAAACUUUUCAUAUCUCGACAAAACAAAAUACGCUAGACAAGAGGUGGGGGAUAUUUUUGUGUCUAAAACGUAUUAUAUGAGAAAUGGCAGUGGAAAUGUUUUUAUGUGCAAAUAUUGAUAUAAUAACCAUCAUAUUGGAGUCACGUUAUGAUCUUUUGUGAUCCUCCCACUACGAGUCGGGAAAGCAUGCAAUUUAUUAGUUAGGCUACAUAAAAUAAAAUAAAAAUUAUACUAUUUUAUUUCGCCUUUAUUUGACAAGGUAGGCCAGUUGAGAACAAGUUCUCAUUUACAACUGCGACCUGGCCAAGAUAAAGCAAAGCAAUGUGACAAACAACAACACAGAGUUACACAUGGAAAAACAAACGUACAGUCAAUAACGCAAUAGAAAAAUCUAUAUACAGUGUGUGCAAAUGAGGUAAGAUUAGGGAGGUAAGGCAAUAAAUAGGCCAUAGUGGCGAAGGAAUUACAAUUUAGCAAUUAAACACUGGAGUGAUAGAUGUGCAGAAGAUGAAUGUGCAAGUAGAGAUACUGGGGUGCAAAGGAGCAAAAAAACUAUAUGGGGAUGAGGUAGUUGGAUGGGCUAUGUACAGGUGCAAUGAUCUGUGAGCUGCUCUGACAGCUGAUGCUUAAAGUUAGUGAGGGAGGUAUGAGUCUCCAGCUUCAGUGAUUUUUGCAAUUCAUUCCAAUCAUUGGCAGCAGACAACUGAAAGGAAAGGUGGCCAAAGGAGUAAUAGGCUUUGGGGGUAACCAGUGAAAUAUACCUGCUGGAGCGCGUGCUACGGGUGGGUGCUGCUAUGGUGGGCUGAGAUAAGGCGGGGCUUUACCUAGCAGACUUAUAGAUGACCUGGAGCCAGUGGGUUUGGCGACGAAUAUGAAGCGAGGGUCAGCCAACGAGAGAUACAGGUCUCAGUGGUGUGUAGUAUAUGGGGCUUUGGUGACAAAACAUAUGCCACUGUGAUAGACUACAUCCAAUUUGCUGAGUAGAGUAUUGGAGGGGCUAUUUUGUAAAUGACAUCGCCAAAGUCAAGGAUCGGUAAGAUAGUCCGUUUUACAAGGUAUGUUUGGCAGCAUGAGUGAAGGAUGCUUUGUUGUGAAAUAGGAAGCCGAUUCUAGAUUUCAUUUUGGAUUGGAGACCGAUGAAACUUAUGAACUUCACUGGGUGGUGAAAGUGCACGGUGAUGAGCUUGAUGCUCAUUUCCAAUACCUAUCGGGGGUCUUAAUUCUGCUGACAUGAUAAUGAUGCUUGUCUGCCGUUUGACAAAUGAAAAUAAUAUCUCGCUCUUUUGUCCAUAAUAAUCUCAUCAUGUAGUAGGCUAUACCCACACUGUAUCUGCGAGUGCGAGCUGUUGGCUAGAGCGCCCAUGCACUUGCCAGAAUGGGACGUUCGCAAUGUUACACAAACAUUUUUGUGACAAAACCAUCAGUAGGGUUGCAAAUGCGAUGGAAAUGUUUUACUCGCCACUCCGUCAUUUGGCAGGGCCAUUUAUUGGCCACUAGCCAAUUGGAUGGAAACGUCUGUGGUGGGAAAAUGUACAUAUUGUUUUUAAGAAUGUUUGAAUAUUGGCAUUUAAAAUCUGUCCCCAAUUGGAUGGAAACCUAGCUAUAGAUGCAGAUAAAGUUGUGCAUGCAAAUGUGUAUAUACUGUAAGAGCUUGAUGUUACUGUUUAACUUAUUGUUUUCUCAACAUCUACUGCAUGUCCAUCGAUCUUUUGACUCAUUCCAUGCAACAUUAACGCUCCUUCAAUGCAUAGCUGCGGGAAAUAGGGGUGCCGAGGGUGCUGCAGCACCCCCUGAAAAAGCUGGGGGAAAAAAUUGAGAUUAAUUCAAAUAUACACUACCAAUGAAAAGUUUGGACACCUACUCAUUCAAGGGUUUUUCUUUAUUUGUACUAUGUUCUACAUUGUAGAAAUAGAAUAGUGAAGACAUCAAAACUAACACAUGGAAUCAUGUAGUAACUAAAAUAGUGUUAAACAAAUCAAAAUAUAUUUUAGAUUCUUCAAAGUAGCCACCCUUUGCAUUGACAGCUUUGCACACACUUGGCAUUCUCUUAACCAGCUUCACCUGGAAUGCUUUUCCAGCAAUCUUGAAGGAGUUCCCACAUAUGCUGUGCACUUGUUGGCUGCUUUUCCUUCACUCUGCGGUCCAACUCAUCCCAAACCAUCUCAAUUGGGUUGAGAUCGGGUGAUUGUGGAGGCCAGGUCAUCUGAUUCAGCACUCCAUCACAUUUUUGCAAAAAACUCAAAUCUCUUUUUGCCUUGUUAUUAUGGGUGUAUUGUGUGUAGAUUGAUGAGGGGAAAAACAAAAACAAUUUAAUCAAUUUUAGAAUAAGGUUGUAACAUAACAAAAUGUGGAAAAAUAAGUCAAAGGGUCUGAAUACUUUGAGUGCACUGUAAGUAUUUUCUUUUUUUGUGGCAGGUAUCCUAGUGGUUAAGAGUGUUUGGCUAGUAAAAGAAAGGUCCCUGGUUGGAAUCCCAAAGCCGACUAGGUGAAACAUCUGUUGAUUUGCCCUUGAUUUGCCCACGUAACCCCAAUUGCUACUGUAAGUUUCUCUGGAUAAGAGAGUCUGCUAAGUGACUCAAAUGUAAUGAUCAGCUCGUCAAAAAUUGAAGGAUGCAAACUUGAAACCACUUUUCAUGACAAUUUAGCCCACGGCGUAAAGCUCCUGGACAGCAGUUGUGAGUAGCCUGAUUAUCCAUUCCAUAUUGUCCAUUUUACUUUGACCUGUCCUGUUUUUAGGAUCUGUUUUUUGGCAACUUGUCAGCAAUGUUUAUUUUUUAUUGGGCACCAUUUAUGUUAGACACAUCAUGCAGAUUUAUCAGAUCAAAUUACAUUGUCAUACAUUUUUAUCUCCAGCCUGUAGGCCACAGAAAAGGCCACAUACUCUUUCUACCAUAUUUGAUAUCUGCUAUGAUUUAUGUCAGAUUAUUUGUUGUUGUUGGCGGAACGUUGGAGAGUGGCAGUGAUGCAGUUGUCCAACAGCACCAUGGAGACGCACGCUGGGAAUGGACAAGCAACAUUUCUUGCACCCCUGCCUUUGACAAAGUGGCCACUGUGUAUUACACGGCGGCAUCAGCAAUCACUUAAAAAGCCCAUAUGCCACAGGUUGAGAGAAAUUGUCAUUGUUUUUGGGCAGAAUUAUGUGAGGUUUUUAUGUGUUGUUGAAGGUGUGUCUUGAUCAGUUUAGCUCAGAAAUUGCCACCUUCAAUCUGCCGCCGUAGGUGGCCGCAUAAUCCUGCCUAAUGAGCGGACAGGCCUUGCCUGUAUUAGUGGACGGAUACAGCAGUCUGUAACAUGAGAAGAAAUGUUUUUCUCCCAAAUUUGCAGCACCCCCACCACCAAACAUCUUCCCGUGGCUAUGCUUCAAUGUAUUGUUGCAUAAAGUGUUAUCACAUCAAUGUUACUUAUUUUGUGUAAGGCUGUAAUUACCUAUCAGCAAUGUUCAGCACCGAACAUGAAGCACUCAAUAAAUCCUGUGAAUAUUUA